AUGACAGCUAGAAACACAUUUGUUGCCGGUAACGCUCCAGGAGCAGUUGCGUUUAUCGCCAGUGUCCGUCUUGGAGGACUUUCGGCGAGGUCAAGUUCUUCCGUCUGUCGCUCAGUCAAGGCGCGGUCGUUCGGUAUGGGGCGCACUUCGGUGGCUAUCCAGCCGAAACCAGUCUUGUCGGCUCAUAAGUCGGGACGGAACACGGGGCUGCUGCGAAUGAGCGCGGCAGAAGCGACACAAAACAAGGAAACUUACGAGUUUCAGGCCGAGGUUUCACGGGUGAUGGAUAUCAUCGUGAACUCUCUGUAUUCGAAUACGGACAUUUUUCUCCGAGAACUUAUAUCAAAUGCCUCGGACGCUUGUGAUAAGAAGCGUUUCUUGAAACUCACCGGAAAGUCCGAUGCAGGAGACUCGCUUUCGGAUACAGAGGAGCUUGCUAUUCGUGUGAAAUGCGACGAGAAAGAGCGGACCAUUAGUAUAACGGACAACGGCAUAGGGAUGACGAAAUCCGAACUAAUCAAUAAUCUUGGCAAAAUAGCGGCCUCAGGGACAGCCAAGUUUGUUGAGGCUCUGAAAGAAGGCGCAGCAGACCUCAGCCUCAUUGGACGAUUUGGUGUUGGCUUUUACUCUGCGUUUCUAGUGGCGGAUCGGGUCACCGUGCACACCAAGUCGCCGAACGACCAAAAAGCUUGGAGAUGGGAGUCCGAACAAACCAAAAACUUUACGAUUACUGAAGAAUCCGACCCGCGGAGUUUUCUGCCUGAAGGCGCAACCAGCGGCACAACCGUAACGCUGCACAUCAAAGAAGGUAUGGAGAAAUACCUUAACGACUUCAGCCUCCGUCAGCUCCUGGAGUUGUACUCAGAAUUUGUGUCAUUUCCGAUUUACCUCUGGAUGAGUCGAAUCGAGUACGACAAAGUGAAGGAGAAGGAUGAGAAAACUGGUGAAGAGAAAGAAAAGAGUGUACCGCGUACAGUCUACAAUUGGGAAUUGGUUAACAAGACGAAACCGAUCUGGAUGCGAAAGCCAUCAGAAGUCACCGAUGAUGAGUACAACGAGUUCUACAAAUCGAUCAGUCGUGACUUUGAAGAUCCCUUAGCUCGCACGCAUUUUUCCGCGGAGGGAGAGGUAGAGUUUCGCAGCAUUCUCUUCACGCCGCGGCGGCUGCCCUUCGAAUUAGCACAGAACAUGUUCAGUGAAGCUGCGCGCCCGCUGAAGCUUUACGUGAAACGUGUUUUCAUUUCGGACAAAUUCGAUGAGUUGAUCCCACGCUGGCUGACCUUUAUCCGUGGUGUCGUUGACAGCGAAGACCUACCUCUGAAUGUGUCCCGUGAGAUCCUCCAGCAGAGCAAGGUAGCGCGCGUAAUUGGACGACGUGUGACUCGCAAAGCGAUCGACAUGUUCAGGGAAAUUGCCGAGCGCAGCAACCCGAAGGAUUAUGAGACACUAUGGGAAAAUUUUGGUCGGUACUUGAAAGUCGGUGCCUUCGAGGAUAAUGAAUGGUCGAAGGACCUGCGCCCGCUGCUUCGUUUCCAUUCGUCCAAGAGCGGGGACAAGUGGGUCAGCUUCGAUGAAUACAUUGGCCGUAUGAAGGAGUCGCAGAACAAACGCAUAUUUUACCUCGCGGCGGAGAAUCGGCUCGCUGCGAUGAAUUCUCCGCUGUUGGAGCGUCUGAAGAAGAAAGAUUACGAGGUUAUCUUCCUGCUUGAGCCGGUCGAUGAAUUAGUUUUCCAGCAACUGAACGGCAAGUAUGGAGAUGGCUACACUUUAGUGGAUGUUGCAAAAUCUGACCUCGAGCUUGACUCAGAGGCGGAGGAUUCGAAAGAGGACAGCAGCCAGACACAAGCGUUGUCAGAAGCUGAACUCGAACCGCUGUGCAAGUGGCUUGGCGAGCUUUUCAAGGAACAUGUUGAGAAGGUGAAGGUCUCGAAGCGGCUGACGGAUUCGCCCAUGGCCAUCUCACAGAGCACCUACGGAAUGUCGCCAAUGCUGGAGCGAUUCAUGCGGACGCAGGCCGCUAUGUUGAAGGAGGACAUUCCACCAGGUUUCGAACAGAAGAGGAUCAUAGAAAUUAAUCCUGCGCAUCCAGUGAUCCACCAAAUGGCGUCGCAACUGCGCAACUCUGGCGAAGCAGACAGCGAAGCUGCAACCUUACUCUAUGAAACCGCCCUGCUUCAGAGUGGAUAUAACAUUCGCGAUUAUGGCGGCUUCGCGCGACGCGUGACCAAGUAUUUGCAGAGCUCUUUGUUGAAUAAUUUGAAUACGACUGGUGGUGGGGACAAUGCUAAUGCGAACGGUGACGCAUCAAGUGGUGAGAGCAAAGCAGAGGCCGUCGAAGCGGAAGUGGUCGGCGAUGCAGCGAACCCAUGA